UACUACUGAUGAGUGUAGAGCAAUCAUGCUGACAAGUCAACAUGUAUGACCACGGCCAUGCAUGCAGGUUGGCGAGCGCGGCCUGCAGCUCUCCGGCGGCCAGAAGCAGCGGAUCGCCAUUGCCCGGGCCAUGCUCAAGAACCCGGCCAUCCUCCUCCUCGACGAGGCCACAAGCGCGCUGGACUCCGAGUCGGAGAAGCUGGUGCAGGAGGCGCUGGACCGCUUCAUGAUCGGCCACACCACCCUCGUCAUCGCGCACAGGCUCUCCACCAUCCGCAAGGCCGACCUCGUCGCCGUCUUGCAGGCCGGCGCCGUCUCCGAGAUGGGCCCGCACGACGACCUCAUGGCCCGAGGGGACAGCGGCGCCUACGCCAAGCUCAUCCGCAUGCAGGAGCAGGCGCACGAGCCGGCGCUCGUCAGCGCAAGGAGGAGCAUGCAUCUACUACGCGCCGGACCCGCGGUACAUGGACCGGGAGAUCGCCAAGUACUGCUACCUGCUCAUCGGCAUGUCCUCCGCCGCGCUGCUCUUCAACACGGUGCAGCACCUCUUCUGGGACACCGUCGGCGAGAACCUCACCAAGCGCGUGCGGGAGAAGAUGCUCGCCGUCGUGCUCCGCAACGAGAUGGCAUGGUUCGACAUGGAGGCCAACGCCAGCGCGCACAUCGCCGCCAGGCUGGCCCUCGACGCCCAGAACGUGCGCUCCACCAUCGGGGACCGCAUCUCCGUCAUCGUGCAGAACCCCAGCGAGGAACGCGGUGCCGCCCACCACCAGCAGCGCCGGCCGAGUUGCGGCUGCCAAAACGAGCAACGCCCUUGACGCCGUUUCCUUCUGUGCGUGAGCUGCGCCUCUAG